ACGCUUGGCUUAUAGCUGUAUUACCACUACCAAUAUUUUAUUCUAUUAUCUUUCAUUUAAUAAUUCAAUUCAAGUUUAAAAUCCACCCCUACAUAAACCCCCACCCGUCUUCACCAUUUUCCUCAUCCUCCUGGACAUCACAUUCUCUCUCUCCCUCUCAGAAAUAUGGCUUCUCACAUGUGGACUCUGCCUCUGGCUUUGCUGUUAAUGGUUUCUGCAACUAUGGGAGCUGCCCCAAGGCGGCCUGUGGCUGUGCCAUUCGGCAGAAACUAUAUGCCUACAUGGGCAUUUGACCAUAUUAAGUACUUUAAUGGAGGCUCUGAGAUUCAGCUUCACUUGGACAAAUACACUGGCACUGGUUUCCAGUCGAAAGGAUCGUACUUGUUUGGCCACUUCAGUAUGCAAAUAAAGUUGGUUCCUGGGGAUUCUGCUGGAACUGUUACUGCUUUCUAUCUAUCGUCUCAAAACUCAGAGCAUGAUGAGAUAGACUUUGAGUUCUUGGGGAACAGGACAGGGCAGCCUUAUAUUUUGCAAACAAAUGUGUUCACCGGAGGUAAAGGAGACAGAGAACAGCGGAUUUAUCUCUGGUUUGAUCCAACCAAAGAAUAUCACUCCUACUCUGUUCUCUGGAAUCUCUAUCAGAUUGUGUUCUUUGUGGAUGACGUGCCAAUAAGAGUUUUCAAAAACUGCAAAGACUUGGGAGUAAAGUUUCCAUUCAACCAGCCUAUGAAAAUAUACUCGAGCCUGUGGAACGCAGACGACUGGGCGACAAGAGGUGGACUAGAGAAGACAGACUGGUCCAAGGCUCCAUUUAUAGCCUCCUACAAGGGUUUCCACAUCGACGGCUGUGAGGCGUCAGUGGAAGCCAAGUUCUGUGCGACUCAGGGAAAGAGAUGGUGGGAUCAAAGGGAGUUUCAGGAUCUUGAUGCCUUCCAAUACAGAAGGCUCAAGUGGGUUCGCCAGAGGUUCACAAUUUAUAACUAUUGCAGUGAUAGAUCACGAUACACUACGCUUCCGCCUGAGUGCAGCAGGGACAGGGACAUAUGAAAUUUUUAUUAUCUUUUUAAAAAUUAUUUAUGAUUGGGAGAGUUUGAUUUGUGAUGACGAUGCUUAUUGUUAUUAUUAUUAUUAUGUAUGCUAAUUAUAGCCUACAUGGUGUAUUUAUGACUCUCGCAGAAAGUGUACUCUUUGCUUGUAUUUUGUCUUUCUUUAUAAUCUUAUUUCAUUAUUUGUACUUCUCAUAAAAGCAAUGAAAUGAAAUUUUAUGACAAA